GAGGGCAAAUGCUCUCCCAAACUUGUUGUUGCAGUGGCACGACGUCGCACCCAAGGCAGCAUUGCUACGUUUAACGCAGCCGUUCGCACCACAUACUGCGACGCUGACGGCUCUCGGUGCACGCGAGCGCCGUCGACGCCAUAAAACGGAGCCAAACUUGUUGCAGUGGCACGACGUCGCACCCGCAGCAUUGCUACAUUUAACGCAGCCGGUCGCCCCACAUGACUCGGACGCGUGCAGCAAUGCGCCUGGUUGUGCUCGCCGCGGCGUCCGCGCUCCGCGGGGGCCCGCCGCGGCGCGCCCGCCGCAUCGUGUGCCGCGCCAAGCCCGGGACACGACGCGCGGCCCUCGCCGCCUUUUCACUCACAACGAUCCCGAGCGCCGCGCGCGCCGACAUCGGCCCCGACUCUAAUUACGACCUCUGGCCGGCGCUGCCCGUCGCGCCCUAUUCCAGAAGGAAGACCAUACGGAGGCAAAUCAAGGACGACGUCUGGGUGUUUGAUCAGAUCAUUGGGAUCUACUACGUCCACGUCCCGAUCCGCAUGACGGUACUAAGAGGAGAGAAUGGAUUGAUGGUCUACGCGCCCGUCGCGCCGACCAAGGAGUGCCUAUCACUACUAGAAGAGUUGAUUCAGCAAUACGGCCCGGUCCAGACAAUAAUUUUGCCUUCUGUUGCUGUCGAGCACAAGGUCCUCGCGGGACCAUUUGCGCGGAAGUUCCCGGACGCAACGUUUUAUGUGGUCGACCAGCAGUACAGCUUCCCCGUGCCGCUCCCGUCUCGGUUCCUCGGGCUGCCGCGCUGGGCGCGACCGUUACCGAGGAGCGGGAGCGUGGCGGGGGGCUUUGCGCACGAGGUUUUGACGGUGAAGCCGGGCCCCGGCUCCUAUUUUCAAGACGUGGCCUUGUACCACGUCAAAUCGAAGACGUUAUGUGUGUGUGACGCGGUUCUGGCGGUCACGGCGGAGCCGCCUCAAAUACUGGUGGCGGAGCCGGAGUAUAGAAGAGCUUUACUUUUUCAUGCUAGAGAUGAGCCCUUGGAGCUCGUCGAGGACACACCUGAGAUGAGGAGGAAGGGCUGGCGGCGCAUUGUUUUAUUAUUCAACUUCUUUAUCCCUGGUAGCGUGCAAGCGGACAUCGGUUUAAAUCCGUUGAAGGCUCUGAGACCGUACGAAUACGGCUGGGGCGGCUGGCAGCCCUUUGCGUGGAAUGCGGAAGAUGAGGAAAGGAGCUUCGAACAGUAUUCAAACAAGGGCAAAUUGGCGUUACUUCCCAUCAUCCAGAUCAUCCUCAAUAGGGGCGUCGCCGACGGUUCCCUAAAAACGUGGGUCGACCGCGUUUGUGGGUGGGAUUUUGAUACGGUCGUGCCGGCGCACCUGGACGCUCCAAUAAAAGCGUCUCCAAAAGACUUCCGGGAGCCCUUCCAAUUUUACAAAAGUGGCUCGAACGACGUGCGCUUCUGCGACGAGGACGUGGCUUUAUUAAGGGAGGCCGAGCGCGGUCCUUUAAAAUUUUCGGUGACGCCUACCAGUUAUGGUCCGCUCGUCGGGAAGAAGUGUGAUUUGGGUGGCGGUCGGCCGCGCGUCGUGCCCUUCAACUGGACGCCCCACUAAAUAUGUUGUAUAAU